UUGGAUCGGGUGGCAGCCUUUCACACCAGUAAAGCAGGUUGCAAGCGUACAACUGGAAAAAAUGGACAAAGAUUCGGAUUCCACGGUUACCUCGUUGGAUGAGAAUACGGAAAACUUUUGCACAAAUCCCACGCGUGACAUUUUGGCCGAGGGCAUCACAAAUCUGUUCAAGCCAACAAUCGAGCGAUUGGACGAACGCGUGGCAUCAACAAUUCAACUGCAAUCGGAGCUGCGGGGACAAUUGGAUGCACUGUCCGCUCAGCUGCGGGACAUUGAGAAGGCACAGCAGCAGAUACCGGAGUUUGCCGACAAAGUGAAGGAGCUGCUGAACGUAAAACACAAAGUGACAAUAAUAAAUAACGUGCUGAGCACGAGUCAGGAACGCUUGACGGGAUUACACAGACUCAUUGAGAAGGAGCAGCAGCGACGUCAGGCUUUGUUGGACUCGGCGCUGAGUACCAACAUAUCAUAGACACAAACAAGACUUUGUUGUACUCGACGAUAAGUACCAACAUAUCGUAGACACCAACCAGGCACAUUGCAGCAGCGUCAUCAGUCUUUGUUGGAGUGGAUGCUGAGUACCAAAA